AUGGCGAGCCCCUCCGAUCUGAACCUGGACGCGCCCAGCGACCUUCAGGACAUUCCUGAAUUAGCCAUGCAAUUGAUUCCCCCACCUGAGGGAACAUACCCAGACAAGAACGCUCUACUUCAGGCAGUCCAAGAUCAUGGGAAGACACAUGGCUAUAAUGUGGUCGUGAAAUCGUCCAGUACCCCUACCGAGAAAAAGCCAGGUCGCACGGCCAAGGUGUGGUUGCGCUGUGACCGUGGUGGACAUUACCGGCCCCGGAAUGGGCUUACUGAGGAGACACGCAAGCGCCGGCGUACAUCGCGUCUCAUGGAUUGUCCCUUCAUGCUGGUCGCGGCUGGGUCCCCUGGAAUUUGGACUCUUACCGUCCUCAAUGCGACCCAUAACCAUGGUCCCAUGAUCGAGAAGCCUCGCCAGAUCCCUCAACACAAGGUUCGCAAGGGUCAACUCCCUGCGAUGCCAUAUGACUGGCCCCAUGAUGCUUCUUUUAGCCCGUACACCACGGCACUUGUGAUUAUUGAUAUGCAAAAGGACUUUUGUACACCCGGCGGUUACAUGGAGUUCCAAGGUUAUGAUAUCUCUGAAGCGCAGGCCCUGAUCCCAAAGAUCCAGCGACUACUAAUGGCAUUCCGCUCUGCUAAUUUCCCGGUCUACCACACACGUGAAGGACACCGCCCAGAUUUGUCUACCCUUUCUAGCCGGGAGUCGCAUCGGUCCCGCAACAAUGCCUCAGGCCUUGGCAUUGGCGCUCUUGGACCAUUGGGCCGUCUGCUCGUUCGUGGUGAGGGUGGCUGGAAUAUCGUGGACGAAUUAUGCCCCUUCGCAAAUGAGCCAGUUAUCGACAAACCUGGACGUAGCGCGUUUGCUCACACCGACUUUGAGCUUCUCCUUCGCAACAAAGGAAUCAAGAACCUUAUCAUCACGGGCGUUACCACAGACGUCUGUGUAUCUUCCACCAUGCGCGAAGCCAAUGAUCGGGGGUUCGACUGUGUGGUUCUCGAAGAUGGAACUUCUGCCGCGGACUCGGCGCUCCAUAACAGCACGAUUGAGUCUGUCAAGAUGGAGGGCGGCAUCUUCGGAGCCGUCAGCAAGAUCGAAGAUGUGGUGCAUGCGCUUGAAAAUUUCAAGUCCGUCACCAUGAAAAAGCUUGCUCCUCAGUUGAGUGCAUGA